CAGGGGAGGAUCUCCGACCAGCCCCGGUCGUGGCCCAGUAAAGUGAAGAGGCCCACUCCGAGUACGCGACCGCCCAGGCGCCUAGCUGCAGCCGCCCAGCUCCAGCCAGUCCCGUGAACAUCCUCCCUCUAGUCCUCUACCCUCCAGCUACAGCCGGCAGCCAGCACCCUGCAGGCCGCAGCGCCGCUCGCCCGGAGCCCCGCCGCCGCCGCAGCCUGCCCGGACCCCCGCCGCAGCCACGCCCGGAGCCCCGCCGCAGCCCGCACCCCGCAGCGCCGCUCGCCCCGCCCGGAGCACCCCCGCGAGCCUGCGACCACGCCGUUGUCCAGCCGCCGCUCCGCCGUUUGUGAAGCACAUUUGUGAAGCAGACAAGCUGUGAUUUGUGAUUUGUGACCCUAACUGUGAUUUGUGAAGCAGACAAGCAGUGAAGGAUAUGUUUGUAGAUAUUCAAGAUGAAAAGAUUUUGAAACAUUUUCGAGGCUUAAGAACUCGGAAGAUAAAUUUACCUCGCAACAUCAACUCAUGGUGGUCCUUUUCAUCGGCUUGCAAGUAAGAUUGGUCCAUGAAGUGUAGUUUAUGCACAGCUCAUCCCUGCUUCUGGUGGUACUGUCAAUGUAAGGAGGGGAUCAGCAUCCCUUGUCUAUGCGCCGGGCGGCCCCAUUGUUUCUGCACCAAGCCCGUGUAAUCAGGAGCUAUUGCCCAGUGACGCACCUUUCCUCUCAGGCUUGUUGGUUGAACAGCUCUGAUAAUGAAGAGCCCAGUCAGAGUUUCGCUUACGGUGAUUAUAGAAGUCGUCGUCUGCUUCCCUUGAUCACACAAGCAUUGCGGGCUUCGAACUGGGACGCUGCCAGAAAUAUAAGCUUCAGGGAGUGUGUGAGGUUAUACGGGUCAUCUCAAUCAGUUGGUUUGUUUGCUUUGAUCAUGCAGGCAUUCUUGCCACGGAGAAUCAGAGAGGUACGGUGCUUGAUUCGGAGCAUUGUUGAUUACUGUGGAAAUGCUGGGUCAGAGUUGUUUGAGUUGGCUCCUAUGUUGGUCAGCAAUUUGGGUCAGUCAAUGACCCUGUUACAAGUUUAUGCUGCAGUCAUCCGUAUUUUUGUAGAGUCUUCGAUGUUUGAGGACGCUCUUCUCACUUAUAUUCAGGCCAAGAACAUUGGUGUUGACAGACGUUUGUGCAAUUUCUUGUUGAAGUGUUUAGUUGAGGGGAAUCAAAUCAUGUACGCUAGGAGCUUAUUUGAUGACAUGAAAAGUUGUGGUCCUUCACCCAAUGUCUGCUCUUAUUCAAUUUUGAUGAGUAUGUACACACAUGGAGAGAGAUCAUGCUUGGAGGAAGCUUUUGAGCUUCUUUGUGAAAUGGAAUCAAAUGGUGUGAGACCAAACGCUACAACAUAUGGAACUUAUCUCUAUGGGCUUUGCCGUUCCAGACAGGUAACAUCUGCAUGGGACUUUCUUCAAACUCUUUCUCAGAGUGGAGGCCCUUGCAGCAAUUAUUGUUUCAAUGCUGUGAUUCAUGGUUUCUGUUGUGAAGGUCAGGUUGACAAAGCCAUAGAGGUAUUUCAUGGAAUGAAGAAAUGUGGGUAUGUACCAGAUGUCCAUAGCUACAGCAUAUUAGUUGAUGGGUUAUGCAAACAAGGGGAUUUAUUGAAAGGUUAUGAUAUGCUUGAAGAAAUGGCAAGAAAUGGAAUAUGUCCUAAUCAAGUGAGUUACAGUUCACUUCUGCAUGGCCUUUGCAAAACUGGACAGGUUGCAUUGGCAUUGAAGAUUUUCAAGAAUCUCCAAGACCAUGGUUUUGAGCAUGACCAGAUAAAUUACAGCAUCAUUCUUCAUGGCUGUUGCCAACACUUAGAUCUCAAGGCCAUCUCUGACCUUUGGUUUGACAUGAUUCAUCAUAAUAUCGCUCCAGAUGUUUACAACUAUACCAGUCUGAUCUACGCAUUAUGUAGACAUAGAAACCUCCAAGAUGCAUUGGGAGUGUUUGAGCUCAUGCUUGAAAAUGGGUUGUCUCCCAACAUCGUGACAUGCACAAUCCUAGUUGACAGCUUUAGCAAACAAGGGCUAGUUGGUGAAGCUUUCCUAUUCCUGGAUAGAAUGCAUCAGUCAUUGGGAAUCGUCCCAAACCUUUGCAUGUACAGAGUUAUGAUCAAUGGCCUUUGCAAGACCAACAAAUAUAGUGGUGUGUGGAAUGUUUUUGCGGACAUGAUAAAGAGGGGCUAUGUUCCUGAUGUUGUCCUGUACAGUAUUAUUAUUGAGGGCUUCGUGAAAGCUCUGAAGUUGCAGGAGGCGUUAAGGUUGUACCAUAAGAUGUUGGAUGAAGGUGUAAAACCUAACAUAUUUACGUAUUCUAGCCUCAUAAAUGGGCUGUGUAAUGAUGAUAGACUUCCUGAAGCUAUGGGAUUGAUUAGGGAUAUGAUUGGGGAAGACCUGUUACUUGACAAUGUUUUGUACACAUCUAUCAUUGCUUGUUAUUGUAGACGUUUAAAUAUGAAGGCUGCUAUGGAAUGGCUCAAAGAGAUGGAAAGAAGCGGUGUGUUGCCAGAUGCUUUUGUAUAUACUUGUAUGAUUGAUGGCUAUAGUAAACUUCCUGCAAUGGAUGCUGCACGCUUGAUGAUGGAAGAAAUGGAAAAAAGAAAGCUUAAACCUACUAUAGUAACCUACACAGCUCUCAUUAUUGGAUACCUUAAAAUGGGGGAUGAGAAGGAAGCUUGUAUGAUGUACGAGAGUAUGCGUCAUGUAGGCAUUGCUCCAGAUGGAAAGCUGUGUUGCAUUUUGGGCAUUGGCAAUGACAGGGGUGAUUGUGAUGAUUCUCAGAAAGCGAAGGGUGUAACAUAAUUACAUAAUUUUCACAGAGAUUUAUUAACUUGAUGAAGGGACUUCUCUAUGAUGGCUGAAUGGCUCUGAGCUCUCCAGUGCAGGACACACUGUUUGCUCCAUUUGUUUCCUCCACUUCCACACUGCCAUCCUAUGGACAAGGAAUGGAAAGCAGUAACCUGAAAUGUGGCAGUUAAAUCCGUGGACAACUGCUGAGGGUGUGACCGAUACAGGUUAGCCUUUGUAUUGUGCAAAUAAUCAGAUAAGAAGUCUGCAUUCUGAAAAUGCUUCUUUUGUUCAAAGUGUUACAUCAACAGUUUUAACUUCCGGUUACUUGAGAUAUAGCAUCAUACUGAAAAUUUCCCUGCUUUUCAAGUUUCAUGUUUAGAAAGGUUUUCUCCAUUUGUUUCUAAAUACAUUUAACCAUGCUGUUAUUUUCUAGAUUGUUUUCCUGUAGAAUCUUUUUUUACCAUCUGUAGCACCUGUAAAGCUAUGAGUUUGACAGAUCUGAAAGAUCACAGCAAUUCAUGAAAGCAAUUAAAUGGAUGCACUCCACACAUGAAGCCAAUGCCAUGUGCCCAUGUCACUAAUAAGUUGAUUGAUGCUUCAUGGACCGCCUUCCCUGCCUUUUCAUCCUCUUCGGGCCAUGUUCGGUAGGCAUGGAUUUAAUCCCCAGGUGGAAUUAAUCCAGACGUGGAUUGAAUGGAUCCCCUGUUGUCACUCUUUCCCUAGGUGGUUCAUUAAUCCAUUACCCUUGGGCUUUGGACUCUCUGGAACCACAGAAAUGGAUGUGUUUUUGAUAGAGCUACACCUAGCAUGGAGGGUGCUAUCAGAAGAGCUGAAGAAGAAAUUAUUAUUUGGAAUUUUGCGGGGGCCAAACAUCUUGCCCUUAUUACAGCUCCCAUUCCAGGUGUCAUGUAGGGAUCUAGGAGUGAGUUCAGUAGUUAACCUCAUUAGGGAAGGGUGUUGGUUGGUUAAGUUUAGAUUGUGGGGGCAGGUUGGUCUAGUUUGCUUUCUUUCUUCUCCUUUUUCUUUUUCUUUAUAUUUCUUUUUCUGUUGUGUUUGUAAUUGGUCUAAUUUUUAGACCCUUCUAAUUUUACAUUCUACACCUCUAUCUCAUCAUAUUUUUUACAAUUUUGUACAUACUAUCGUAUAAGAUAUAAAGUAGGUUUCAUCACCUCAGAUGAACACACAAUACCAUGACUCCGGCAAAAUACUCCCAUAUUUUGCUUGAAGAUUUACUGACAAUUAAUAUAGAAAAAGCCAUGGAUUUGGAUGUACCCAUGUAAGUUUUUCUCCUGACAAAGAAACACUUAAAUUCCAUUUAUGGUGCAACUUUCUAACUCACUAUUUGUGUUGCAGUUUGCUAAAUAUAUUGCAUUUUCAGAUGAUGACAAUAGUGUGUAAGCAUAUUUGCAUUACCAUUUUAUUCAUCUCACUGUUAUGUGCUUCUACUAUAUACUCUUAUUUGAUACCAUUCAUUUUUCUGUUACAAAAGCGUAAAUCAAUAGCAAAGGAACUCAAAAAUAGAUGUUGAAUCUUCACAUGAGGUAUGCUUUAUGAACUUAACACAGCAAGUUUAUGUUCCACCACACUUAACUAUUCAAUUAAACCACACCACAGAGCACAAAUGUUUUACCAUCUAAUACUCCUGAAAAUUCCCCCAUCGCAUUAGAAACGCCAACGAAAAGGUUCUUACAACUCCUUUUUUUCUCUUUUUAACUUUAAACAUUUACUUUACCAAUUACCAUGACAAAUAUUGUUCCUUAAUACAUUCCUCAUGAAAGAAAUAUUGUCACAGGCUCAAGCAAAUCUCUGGAACACAACUUCCUCAUGAAAGAAAUAUUGUCACAGGCUCAAACAAAUUCGAUUAUGCAGAUCCACUUACAUGACAAGAUGAAGGGCCAGCAACUUUAGUUUGCUGCUAAAUUUCAUCUGCGUCCGUUUGGUCGAUGGGCAGGUUCGAUGGAGAUUGCCGCCGUUGGCGUUUCGAUCGCCAUAUUUAACCAAGUCUCCAAGGUCUGCAUCUACCCUUUUGGAACUUCUUAUACCUCAUAUUUAAAAGAUCCAAAAUUUCUUUGUUGUACAGGAACACCAUAAUCAAUGCGAACCUAUGCCCGCACAUGGAUAUGAGAUGGUAAUUUCGUUGACUGUACUUCAAACUGAAGUUUGAAGUUGCGGAUAGGUUAUUGUAAUAUAUGACAUCUAUCUGUUGUACAAUGCCCAUGCCCUUACAGCUAUUCUCCUAGAAUAUUCGCAACAACGGUCUAUUCCUUUUGCGUAUAUAUACACCUCAAGGUCCGGUGCUUCCAAGGCAGUAGAAUGUUAAAAACAAUUAUUAAGGUGGUGAACAUAAUCCAGCUGAAGACAUGUUCGACUAUUGUCAUUUUUCACAUAUUUUUAUAAUAAUACUGUUUACUGUUUCGAUAUUCAUCUAACCAUGCAUAUUACUGAUCGUGAAAUACAAUAAUUUAGGUUUGGUUGUCCCUUCUCUACCUAGAAGUAUUCUAGAAUCAAAUUUUACAACGCGCGCAGGGCGCGCACCAUUCACUAGUUCUUAUUCAUUUCCCUUGACAUGCUUAGAAAUGGAGGCUGGGUCCAUGAACAUCAGGACACUGCAGCAGGGUCCGGAUGGUAAAGAUCAAAGCAAAUAUCAACAUCUAUAGCAUGACACAACAGGAUAUGAUAAGAUUGAAAACGCCUUCGAUAAUGCUGUCCGAAUUAAUAACUAAGUGGAUUGUUAUAUAUGCCCAAAUGUGAAGUACUUAAGAGAAGGUGCUUUCAUUAAUGUUGAUAUUGAAAAGGGGAUACAAGAUGGACAGAAAGCAGUUGGCGACGAAGCAACUGUUGUAAAGAAGCGGUAAGGAUCCAUAUGGCGUGGAAUUGGGCAGCCGUCCGUCUACCUUGCGUGCCUUCCCCCAGCUGCAUGUAUCUGUGUUUCCGUCUUGCCACAAGCAGCCCACAACCACAACUUGGUGUCUUGUAUACCUGUGCCUUGCUUUCCUUGGUUGGUGGUGACAGGGCCAUCAUGAAUUAGGCAUGACUUGUUUCCAUUCUGGUAUUGUAAUGUGUAUCAUUACUGCUAGCUGCUAUAUCUUGGCAGUC